UCUGCCUGAAUUGGGGGUGGUAGGGUUUUACGCACGUGCCAACCGUGGUAGGACGGAAAACGGAAAACCACCGGGCUCCGCCUCACUCGCGUCGCCCUCGGCCCUUCCCCCCUUCCUCCGUCACCGGCGCCGCCGUCCUUCCCGCCGCCACACAUCGCCACCUCACUCGUCGGCAAAAACCACCUCUUAAUCCUCGCAGACCCUCCCGGUUCUCGCAGCACCGAGACGGCAGAACCCUAGAAAAACCCCGGGAGCUGGGCCCUCGGCGCUGCUCUCGUACCCGGCGGCGGCGAUGGCGAUGGCCCCUCCCGGCGAGUGGGUUCCCCACGUAGAGGCCUACGUUGACGUCUCCCGCGCCGCCGCGCAACACUCUGCCAGUGUGGAUGCACUUGCGGCCCUGGUGAGCAAGGACAAGCUGACACUCUUUGAUUUGGUGUCCAAGAUGGAGAUGUAUUUGACGACUACAGACUACAUUGUUCGACCAAGAGGAAUCCUGCUUCUGGGGGAGAUAUUGUCUCGAAUUUCAUUUAAAUGGUUAGAUGUCAAUACCAUCACAACAUUGUCAGAUUUCUUUAUAUCAAGAUUGUCAGAUUGGCAAGCAAUACGGGGAGCACUUGUUGGUUGCUUGGCUCUAUUGCACAGAAAACAAGGUGUUGGUAGUAUCAUGAUUGCUGAUGUCAAAAGACUUGUCGAGUCUUUCUUACAGAAUGUUCAAGUGCAAUCACUUGCAGCUGCUGACCGCAAGCUGUGCUUUCAAAUUCUGAGCUGCAUACUGGAUCAAUACCCAGAAGCUGUUAAAACAAUGGAUGGUGAACAGCUGUACGGGAUCUGCGAAGCAAUUGAUGAAGAAAAGGACCCAGAAUGCUUGAAGCUUUCUUUUCAUGUAGUGGAAGCUGUCAUGAAGCUAUUUCCCGAUCCAUCUGGUUUGGCAGAACAAUUUGCAAGUGAUGUUUUUGAGAUUCUGAGCAAGUAUUUUCCUGUCUACUUCACACAUGGAGUGAGUGAUGAGUUAAAUGCUACAAGGGAUGACCUUUCUAGAGCAUUGAUGCAUGCUUUUUGUUCAACACCAUAUUUUGAGCCCGUUGCCAUCCCUUUGCUUCUUGAUAAACUUUCAUCCUCCCUUCCAUUAGCAAAGCUUGAUUCUUUAAAAUAUCUGGACAAUUGCAUUCGCUUCUAUGGAGCUGAUAGAAUGGUUAGACAUGCAUCAGCUAUUUGGUUUAAGUUGAAAGAAGUUAUCUUUAACCUUUCUCCAGAUCAACUUUUAUUAACAUCUGGGUCGCCUAAAGAUGCAGAGAAGAAUAAGAAUCAAAUAGUUUCAGAGGCUCUGAAUUGUUUGAAGACUGCUAUUAUGUAUAUUGAUUCUUCAGAUAAAGAUCUUUUCAUCAAUUUGAUCUUGUUGGAUAAGGAAAUUGUGAAUAAAAUCCGUUCUAUAUCAAGUGCAGAAAAGUCCAUUUUGAGUUCAUUGGAAGACCCGGUCGAACUACAUGUCCUUGGAAGUGUCAUUUCUAUUCUUGCUGAAUCAUCUACAUAUUUCUGUACUAGAGUUCUUCAAGAGCAUUUUACACACUUGGUCGAUAUUUUGGGAGCCUCAGCUGGCUAUGAAUCUCAGCAGUUGGAUACUUGUAACGGAUCAUGUUCUACUCCUGUCAACUAUGGAGCACUCUAUUUAUCCGUUCAAAUGAUUUCAUCCUGUAGAGAAGUGGCUUUGGUAUCUUAUGAAGAUUAUUCUUCUGUUAAAUUAGCAAAGGAGUCCUGGUGGCUUAUCUUAGAGAAAAAGUUGGAUCAAUUAAUACAUAUCCUUGGAUCAUUUUUUACUAUCACUUCUCAAUCUAUGUUCCAACAAGAGUAUGCCUCAUGUGCUGCGAAGGGCUUGCUAAUACUUGCAACAUUCCCGGAACACUGCUCACCCCUGCCGGCCAAAGCCUAUGAGGAUAUUCUACUGAUGCUUACUUCAGUAGUUACAAGCAAGUAUGAAAAUAUAAAUUUGUGGAGGUUGUCAUUGAAAAUGUUGAGUAGCAUUGGUUCAUCUAUCGUGGAGUUCCGUACUUCUCAAAAGGAAGUGAUUUACAACAGAACUGUUGUUAACAAGAUUAUUUAUUUGGUUGAAUUUUAUGAUACUUCAAUGCCUCUCAACCUAAAACUGGAAGCAAGUUAUGAAAUUGGUACUGCUGGGCUGAACUAUAUGUUAAGGGUUGCUAGAUCACUCGAAGAAGCUGUUGUCACCAAUAUUUCUGAGGCUAAUGGAAGAGUAGAAUGUCCUGAACAUGUAGUCCAUUUACUUGAGUGCUACUCUAGUCGGGUCCUUCCUUGGUUGUUUGCAUCUGGUGGUACCAAUGAACUUGCGUUGAGCUUCGCUAUGCGUCUCUGGGAUGAGAUUAAGGACUUGGCAACGUUAAAUAGAAUCAGUUCGCAUGGCCUCCUUGACUCACUAAUGAUUGGAAUGAAGCUCUUAGUCGGAGUCUGUACAGAGGAGCAACAAUCAUUGAUUGUCCAGAAAGCAUAUGGCAUAAUAUCAUUAGUGCUGCCACUCCCACUGAAAUCAAUGGCACACCAUACUUUGGCUGUUGAUCUGUUAGUUCCAUCACACUCUAUUCAAGAAACAGCUCUUGUUGGCAUGCUUUCAUCGGUUAUAGUUGGCCUUCGGCCUCUAACACCUGUGCCAGAUAUGAUGAUGAUGAUUAACCUCUUUACGGUUUUUCUAAUGAAAGGACAAAUGCCAGCUGCACAUGCAUUAGCUUCUAUUUUCAAUAAAUAUCUACACAAUCCAGAGUUCUCACACGUGAAUAAGCUCGAUAAAAUACUUGAUGUUAUUCUUGAGAGGUGUUUCUCAACUGUAUUAUCCAACAGCUGUUCAAAGAUAUCUCACUCUUCUGCUGACACUUCAGAUGAUGCUAAUUGCUCAGACAGCUCAUCCGGAAGCAUACUUUCUAAGAUUGAUACCUUGUCUGGCUUGGCUUGGAUCGGCAAAGGAUUGCUUAUGAGAGGAGACGAGAAGAUGAAGGACAUUUCAAUGUUUCUUCUUAAGUGUCUAUGCUUAGAUCAGACUUUGGCUAGUGUUCCAUCCCGCCAGGAAGAACAUUAUGGCAAUGAUUCAUCAGAUACUUCUCUUGCAACAUCUGCAGCUGGUGCAUUCUGUGUAAUGAUGAGUGAUUCAGAAGUCUGCCUAAAUAAAAAAUUUCAUGCAAGAAUGAAGCCAUUAUAUAAGCAGCGUUUCUUCUCAAUACUGAUGCCGAUCUUCCUCUCUAAAAUUAAUGAAUCCACUGCGAUGAAAACAAAAUUGGCACUGUACCGAGCUUUUGGUCAUAUCAUUUCCAAUGCUCCAGUACCAGCAGUUAUAACAGAAGCACGUCAGACUUUACUCGUGAUGGUUGAUAGCUUAGCUAAAUUAAGUCUGGAUAUUCACGACAAGGAUCUAGUGUACAGUUUGUUACUUGUCUUAUCUGGAAUGCUGAUGGAUGAAAAAGGCAAAGAAUGCAUUCUGGACAACAUCCACAUCACCAUCAGUGUUCUUACCCAACUAGUUUCCUAUCCUCACAUGAUGGUUGUUCGGGAGACAGCGUUACAAUGUUUAGUAGCCUUUUCUACUUUUCCUCACUCAAAAAUUUAUCCUAUGCGGCUAAAGGUUCUACAAGCAGCAAUCAAGGCUCUUGAUGAUAAGAAAAGGGCUGUUCGUCAAGAGGCUGUUCGAUGUCGACAAACAUGGCAGUCGAUUGCUUAAGGGAGCCCCUUUCAAUGGUAUCACAUAGUUGGGAUUAGCUUACUGGGCGAUCCUGUUGGUACUUGAUGAGUAUGAGGUACACAAUAGCUCAACGCACAUAGGGUCAAUGCGCCAUCACAUAAGGCGAGAGUGGACAUUACGGCUCAUUGCAUGUCUUGCAUGUCUGAAAUCUAAUCUUUGGAUCAGCUGUCAAGUUCUGAAUGGAGGAAAAUUCUCUGACAAACCCAGGAACCCAUGGGAGAAAUGCACCUUGGAUUUAUGCUCAAUCUGGUCAAGUCGUGUUCUUUUUUCACGUUUUUUUUUUUAGGAUACAAAACCAUACAUAGGGCCAAUGGAGAAUGUACCCUGAUCUCCCUAAUGCCUUGUAUGUUCUUCUCUAAAUUAUGUGAGAAUACAAACAAGCAUGCCACAGAAAGGCAAGGUCAAACAUGUCCCUCAAAAAUUGACAGUUCGGUGC